AGGAGACCCCCUGCAUGGAAGGGGACUUCCAGCAGCUGCCCCCACUGCUCAGCACUGGGAUCAUGGAACUUCGCCUGCUGUGGGGGCUGGUGGUGAUGGCUGGUGUGGUGCCAGCCCAGGGCGGGAUCCUGAACCUGAACAAGAUGGUCAAGCAAGUGACCGGGAAGACACCCCUCUUCUCCUACUGGCCCUACGGCUGUUACUGUGGACUCGGUGGCAGAGGCCAGCCCAAAGAUGCCUCGGACUGGUGCUGCAAGGUCCACGACUGCUGCUACGCCCACCUGGAGAUCCACGGAUGCUGCUUCCACACAGACCACUACAGAUACAACUUCUCCCAGGGGGUCGUCCACUGCUCUGACAAGGGGACCUGGUGUGAGAAGCAGUUGUGUGCCUGUGACAAGGAGGUGGCCUUCUGCCUGAAGCGCAACCUGGACACCUACAACAAGCACCUGCGUUUCUACUGGCGGCCCCACUGCAAGGGCCCCACCCCGAAUUGCUAGGAGAAGCCCGCACCCCCUCCCCCGUUCCUCAGCACCCUGAGCUCUGGAAGUCCCGCGGGAUCGCCGACAUCCCUGCCGCAGUAUCUAACUUGAAACAGCUUGGCUUUUAAAGCACUCCUGGGGGUAGGG